ACAGCGUUGUAGAAAACUUUGCAAUUCUUUUGAAUACGUUUACGUCGUUUUAGGUCUGGUUUUCAGCAUGACUACAGAACUUAGUUGUAACAUGUGCCGUUUCUGCUUAAAGCAGACCGAUUGCACUAGAAGUUUUUUCGAAUUGUUCAAUUCCGAAGAAGAAUGCAGCCAGUUGCAAGUGCUUCUGGGGACAGAGAUGCUCCCUACCGAUGAAUAUUCAAUUGUUUGCUCUGAGUGCGAAACCAACAUCAGUCUUGUUUUCAGCAUCAUGACCGAGAUUCGAAGAAUAAACAGCAUUUUCUGUUCACUUUUGCGUCUACAACGGGAGACCAAAGUGCUAAAUACCUCAUACGAGACCGAUGUACUGGAAGUAGCUGGCACGAAUGAGGCAAGCAAAAUGCAAGUCGAAGGGCUCUCGUCCAACGAUGAGGAAUAUUGGUACGAAUACAACAACGAAUCGGAAGGAAUCGAUGAAACAGCUUCCGCCAUAGCGAGAACGCGUCGAAACGAACAAGAACAUAAAUGUCUCAUUUGCAAAUCGUUCUCCGGGACGAACCACGACAUAAGGAAACAUCUUGAUGCGUCACAUAAGGACGUUAUCGUACCCACACAAUGCAGGAAGUGUUUGAAAACGUUAGGUAGCAUUUUCGAAUGGAACGAUCACUUGCUCACCCAUCAAUGGCCGUAUGGUUGUUUGUACUGUGAACAGAUAUUUCAGUCACAGACAGAAAUGGAUUUACAUCAGAAAGAUUGUGCGGGAUAUAAAUGCACUGGUUGCUGCCAAAGCUUUUCCUUCAUUCAUGAGCUGUUGCGACACAACUCCUGUGGCGCAAGUGAUAAAGAACGCUUGUGUAAGAUCAGCCACUUGAUAAAUACCGAUGGUCAUCUCAAACCAAGCAAACCACAGACAUGUGCGGUUUGUGAUGAAAAAUUCGAUAAAAAUGAGGAUUUAUGCAAACAUGUGGAACAGAUGCAUGCAGAGCAAGAAAUGAAAUACCACAGGUGCGAUCUGUGUCUCAAACAGUUUACCUCUAUUGCCGCAGCCCGCCAACACCGAGCAUCUCACAAUACAAAAAGUACAUAUCAAGAGAAAUCCAAAGCAACCAAAGGUGUCCCGGAGCGACCAAAUGAAUGUUUUAUCUGUCGGAUUAAAUUUAAAUUUCAUCGCGAUCUACUUCAACAUCUAGCAGGGCAGCACGCGGACGUUUCCGUGAAACUGUACCAAUGUGCGAUGUGUGAUAAGAAGUUCACCACUGAAACCAAGCUAGAGAAGCACAAGUACAAUACGCACCAAGGCCGACAACCGAAGUAUUUUUGUUCGUUCUGUGGACGCUCGUUUAACAAACGAAUUGCGCUGCAAGAUCACGAAAAUAUUCACCGUGGCAGGAAGACAUAUCACUGCGACGUUUGCAUUCGGGAUUUCACGUACAAAAGUUCUUUCGAUCGACACAUGCAGGUGGUGCACAGUGACACCAAGAAUUUCACCUGCGAGUUUUGCCACAAAAGCUUUAAACGGAAACCAACGUUGACGGUCCAUUUACGAUUGCAUACGGGCGAGAAACCGUACCAGUGCGAACUUUGUAGCCGUCAAUUCACAGAUCCUAGUUCGUUUCAUAAACACAAGCACAGGGAACAUGGACGAUGAUUGGAAUUGCACUCUCGGCUCCGGAAUCUGGCUAUGUGGUCUAGCAUACAUGGCUGGCAUGAGCUGGCAGGACCAAAGAAGAACUGGUAGAUAAUACGUAAAAGAAAAAGAUUUCAAGGUUUGAAAAUCUGAUCUGAAGAUCUGAAAAAAACUUCUCUUUCCAAUACACGUGGCGACGAAUGAAACUGAGACUACAGAGCAGUGAUAUAGUUCCGGUACACACACAUGCCUUACUCACUAUCGUAUAGCAAAUUAAACUCGUCAGGCUCCGGUGGAUCGGUCAUGUCAUGAGAAUGCCACAGGACGACCGAGUACGUAAACCAUACCACCGUAAGCGCAAAUUGCGAUGGAGAGAUGACAUUGAAGCGACCGAUCGGAAUAUUCCACGACGAUGCCGCGGUUUUUGGGCCAGAUAAGUAAGUUUUGAAAACUGUUCGAAUUGUAAUGCUAAAAUUAAUAUAGUAAAAUUGAACAAAAAAACCCUACAGUACGAUCUUUAU